GCUUUAUUCAGAUUUUGGUUCUUCGGGUCCUAAUCCGUAACAGAAACAGGGGAUUCGCAGUUGUGGAGUAGAUCUGAGUUGUGAGCAAUAGAUUCUCCAAAUUUGGCGGCAAUGGGUGGGCUCACCGCUGAAGAUCUGUCGACCAUCGGCGGAAUCGCCACCGUGUCGCUUCUCCAUUCCUUCAUUCCCACUCACUGGCUUCCUUUCUCCAUUGUCGGUCGCGCUCAGAAAUGGACUCUCUCCACCACUCUCAUCGUCACUGCACUUGGAGCAAUUUUGCACGUAAUAUCCACUUCACUGCUUGGUAUAACGGCAAUUACCAUGGCAAACACCAUUGCUGGUGAAGAAACUGUGCAUAAGGUUGCUUCACUUUUGCUUGUAUUUUUGGGUGGUAGUUAUAUAAUUCUGUUUCUGAUGGGAAAGGGUGGCCAUAGUCAUUCACACAACCAACCCAUGGAGAAAAUGGCUGUAGCUGGACUUAUUCUCGUUCCUGCAUUGUCUCCUUGUGCUACAACACUCCCGGUCUUUCUUGCUGUUGGAAAUUCCUCUUCCAUGAUGGUGCUUGCCAUCAUAGUACUACUAUUCAGCACAAUAACUGUGAUGACUUCGCUAGUAGCGUUGUCAUUUUAUGGGGCCAGUCAACUGAAGUUUCACUGGGUGGAGCGGUAUGACAAGCUUCUUGUUGGUUCUGUUCUGUGUUUAGUAGGAGUCUUGACCCUACUUUUUCAUGAUCAUGAUCAUGAAGUAGUUUCGAUUGGACAUCACUCACAUUCACAUAGGAAGAUUAUUUCCUUGUGAGAUAUAUAAAUGUUUUUGGAAUUACAUGCUUAUGAGCAUUGUCACGGUAUUGUUUUUAUUUUGUAUCAGAAGGGAAAAAGAAAAAAGAAAAACAGAUGUUGCUGCUUAGGAGAACUGAUCAUCUUGGUCUAGUAAAAGUCGUUGUAUACUGAGUUUUCAAUGUGAAAUUAAUGUGUUUUUAGUAUAAAAAAAUACUUUGAUUAAAAA